AUGAGUACCACGAAAAGCGGCCGACGGAGGAGAUCUAGCAGUAUAAUAUACCAAGAACCGCCCGAGUCGUUAGAACAGAUCAGCGAUCAGUCCGCCCUGCCCAACCUCAACUCGCAAUGGGUGAACGCAAAAGGAGCCUGGACGAUACACCCCGUCAUCAUACUUGGUCUCAAGAUCCUCUUCGAUAUAAUACCCGGUGUCACCCAGGAGAUAUCGUGGACCCUAACCAACAUAACUUAUAUGGCCGGCUCAUACCUGAUGUUUCACUGGGUGCGAGGUGUGCCUUUCGAGUUCAACGCAGGAGCAUAUGACAACCUCAAUAUGUGGGAGCAGAUCGAUAACGGCGACCAAUAUACGCCCGCAAAGAAGUUCUUACUGUCGGUACCCAUCGUCCUGUUUCUGCUGAGUACGCAUUAUACCCACUACGACUUUACUUACUUCACCAUCAACUUCAUGGCCCUCAUGGCUGUCGUGAUCCCGAAGCUACCACAAUUUCACCGAGUACGAAUCGGCCUCUUCUCGGAGCCGCCCGACGAGUGA